AUGGCUAGAGCAGUUUUGAUAGCAGUAUCUUCGGCUUUGCUUGUAGCACUUGCUACAUCCGCGCCAGUCAUUGAUGGGGGCAAAGACAUUGUAUCCGGAGUAUUUAUCCCAGCUGAUACGUUUAAGAACCUCCAAAACUCACAGAAAGGUAGCAAGUCCAAUGGCCAAGGACCAGCCUUGUUAGAACAGCGCAGCACUGACACGGGGCCUUCCCCAGCUGGUCAAAGUAACGGGAAUGCGAACAGCAAUCCAAGCCAGGCGCAAACACAACAAAAUGUCAUUGUGAACCAGCAACCAAGCCAGCAGAAUACACAAGAGCAACAAAGCCAAAAUCAGGGUGGCCAACCUCAACAGCAAGCCUUUAUCAACCAACCUAGCCAACAAGCAUAUGUAAGUCAGCCGUCACAGCAAUCGUCUUACGUAAGUCAACCUAACCAGCAACAAGUAUAUGUAAGCCAGCCGAAUCAACAGGCCUCAUAUGUGAAUCAGCAAAAUCAACAACCGAUCUAUGUCAGUCAACCGAAUCAACAGACUAUUCAAUAUGUUAGCCAGUCUGGACAGCCAAUCUUAGUCAAAAAUCCAGCUCAACAACAAACGUUCAUUGUAUCUCAACCGAACCAACCGCAGCAAAUCUUAAUCCAGCGGCCGACAUCGCAGCCGACCAUGAUUCUGACAACACAACCCAAUGGCCAGCAAGUGCUUAUCCAGCAACAGCCGAAUCAAGUAUUGGUGCAACAACCAUCUCAGCCCAAUCAACAGACUGUAUUAGUGGCACAACAACCGAACCAGCAAACGGUGCUGGUCCCUCAACAGUCAGGUCAACAGCAGAUUGUGGUUAGUCAACAACCAAACCGUCCCCAAAUCAUUCAGGGUCAACAAUCGCAACCGCAAACGAUUUAUAUGCAACAAGUUCAACCCAAUGGUCAGACAAUUCUUGUGCAGCAACCCUCACAACAGAUACAGCCAGGUCAACAAACAAUCCUUGUACCUCAACAGUCCCAGCAACAAAACGGACGAACGAUUCUUGUCGCGCAACCGUCACAGCAGGCACAACAGGGUGGUAAUCAGGGCAGUGUUUACAUACUGCCUGUAAACAAUCAAAAUCAACCCAAUCAAAGCAGUAACCAAAUUUUAGUCCCUGUUCAACAAGGAUCCAGUCCUAUAUACGCAAUCAAUUCUGGGAAGUAA